CGCGCGCCGUCGGCGUCGCCAUCACCGUCGCACCGCGCGCUGCUCCCAGCCUCCCUUUCCCUUCCCUGGCUGCUUGGCUGGGUUAGUUGAUUGACUCCCAGUAAAACGGGCAGCACUGCACGGCACGACAGAACCCACUCGGCCACUCCCGCCUCUCUCUACUAUACCCAGCUACUCGCACGCAGAUCCACCCACCCACCCAUCGUUCCUUCCGUUCCGUCCGUCCACUUGCCGUUGCCGACCACAACCCGCUCCCGGAGGACGGCGGGAUGAGGGGGCAAGCCAACGGAGUGGAGGACCGCCGGCAGCGGGGCGACGACCACGAGGCGGACAACGACGGCGAGGAGGCGGAGGAAGAGGAGGGCGACGACGAGGGCCGCCACCGGGGCCAGGGCCCGCCGCAGCAGCGGCGGCACCAGGCCCAGAGGCCGUACUCCGGCCCGCAGCAGCAGCAGCAGCCGCGCCCGCCGCCGCCGCUCGCCAGGAACGUCGGCUACGUCGGCAAGCAUCGCCUCUCCGCCGCCAUCGCCCGCCUCGACCAGGAGCUCCAGUCCCUCCAGGAGGAGCUGGACGAGCUUGAGACCAUGGAAUCUGCGUCCGCGGCGUGCCAGGAAGUGGUCACGAGUACGGAAGGGAAGCCUGACCCGCUUCUUCCUGUCACCAGUGGCCCGGAGAACUCGUCUUGGGACAGGUGGUUCCAGCGGGUGCGCUCCCGCAGCAACAAAUGGUGGGCAUCGAAAGGCCCUGACUUCUCGUAGCUCCUGCAAACAAAGCGGAGACCAUCCUCACCAGUCGUGUGCAGAUUAGAAUGAAACACGUUGAGAUGUAUCGUCCAUUGGUGUCCUGGGGAAACAGAACAGGCGGCGGCGGCGGCGAGUGCGGUGUGGCUCUCGCAACGCUUGAUAGUUUUUUUUUUUUUUGAGAGAAUCAUUGUGUAUGUAGUAAUCCCUAACGAGGCCGAACAUCGAUGCAUCCACAUCAAGGCCUGGUUGUUGUGUUUCCUAGAGAUUCUGACUCACUAGGUCGGAUUCCUGAUGGUCAUGCGAUCUCGCUGUUCUUUCUUCAAACGUGAAGAAUAACAUUGUCUUUGAAAAGUUUC